AUGUCGGAUGCCAGAGACAGUUUUUCCGACCUUGAGAAGCAUCGUCUACGGCUAGAAGAAACCGUUAGCAGCCUGCGGAAAGCGCUGCAGCACUGGCAGACCUGGGAUGCCGAGUAUGAGGCUCUCAAGGAGGAGGUCGAGGCCGUGAGCGCGGCCGAAGAGCUGCACCGCAUCCAUGCCGGCUUUGACGGUGAGCUGCUCAAGGGCAAAGAGCUUGACGACAUCUUCGGGAAGCCGAGCCUCAAGACCAGGGAGCAGAUCGUCAACGUCCUGGACCGCCGCAUUGACUACGUCUCCAAAAACAUCGAGACGCUGCGGAAACAGCUGGAAACAGCCGAGAACAAGUACGCUGCUGCGACGGUCAUCAGCCACCCUGAUGCCGCUGACGAAGACGGCCAACCCAUCAUGGACAUUGUCGAGGAACUGGACGAGAAUGACAAUGUCAUCUCUUAUCGGGUGAAUAAGCCCGGCGAGACCCUGGGGAAUGUCGAAGCCCUUCUAAACAAGGCCGGUGUCACAGACGAUGCUGAGCCUCAGCCUGAGAAGGAGGCUACGGCAUCAAGUAGCACUGUAGACCAGCAAGAACAUUCAAAAGCCAAGGAUCAGAAUGCUGCAUCCGUGGCGUCGCCUAAACCGCCUUCUCCCAAACCGGUGAGCGAGGCGAAGAAGACUGUCGCCUUCUCCGACGACACAAAGCCUGCCGAGGAGCCGGAACCCGAAAUCUCAUGGAGGGCGAAGCGUGUCAAGGAGAUUAUGGGCACCGCCAAAGAACAAGAGGACAUUAGCAUGCGAGCUGCUGUUAUACCCAAGGAUGAGUCACCAGAAGAUGCUGCCCUGCGGCAACAGAUGCUGCGGUACGGCAUGAGCGAAGUGGGAGCCGUCGUUGCCGAACUUGAGCUCGAGGAAGGCGACUCAGAUGAAGAGGACGAGCUGGACGAAGACUUUGACGACGAGUAUGACGAUUACGACGAUGAAGAAGAUGAGGAAGAUCAAUACGGACGCUAUCAAGGUAGCGUUGUCACAGACAAGUAUCGUCGACGGAUGCUUCAGCUGGAGGAGAAGCUUGGAAUCAAGUCACAUUCCUCCAAGACAGCCCAGCCCAAACCUGACGAGGACGAUUCCAACGACGACGAUAUUGACGAGGGAAUCGGCCGCAUCGUUGUCAAUCGGGAGGCACGUGCCUCAUCUUCAUCCACCGCGACGAACGCUGCUCCGCUCAAGUCAAACCUCAAGGAGAGACAAAGUGGCGAUUCCGACGCAAAGAAAGGCGUCCGUUUUGCGACAAGCCUUGAUAUCGCGCCCGAGAAGGAGCUCCCUGCUCCGGUGGUCAGCGAAAAGAAGGAUCUUGUUGAGCCUCUUGGCGACAUUGUCGAGCGUAGCAGCUCAUCAAGACCUAGCAAACAGCAACCAGCCCAACCAGCGAAAAGAGCGUCGCGGUUCAAGAAAGCCAAAGACACCACAGACACAGCAAGCGCUGUUCCCAAGGGACCCCUGGACAUUCGGCCAAAGUUUGUGGACGAUGCUCCUCUACCGCCGGUGCCUACUGGACCGGAGGGCGUCACAAUAGCCGACACACUGGUCGAGCGGGAGUCGACGUCUGCUGCCAUUGCCCCUGACGAGGUCAAUGAUCUCAUGACCCACCAGGAGGUGGCCGAUGAGUACCAGCGGAUGCGCAAGAAGUUCAUCCAGCGAGAAGGUGGGUUCCUCAAACCGGACGAGUCUCCCAUCAAGCCCGUACGCGACGAGAUAGCCGAGCAAACCACCAGCCGGUUCAGAGCUGCGCGGCUCUCGCGUCAGUAG